AUGGAGGUCAAGGUUAUUAUUGAUGGUACAAGGAUCCCUGUAGGACUUCCAAAUGAUGCAACUGUUAAGGACCUGAAAGAGGCAGUCCAUGAUGUGUUUAAUUUUUAUGCAGUGAAGAACAUAGAGCUACAUUUCAAUGGGGUAGUGUUGGAAAACGACACAAAAUUAGAAACUUAUCAAGUGGUCAAUGGUUCUGAAAUUUCCCUCCGAUUACUUUAUACAGUUGGGAUCGUUGGAAAAAACCCUAAUGGGCAAUACAAGAGAUAUGAGGUAAGAGCCCAUCUGAAUAAUACUGUUGGGGAACUGAAGCAGAAACUCCAUGUGGAUCAUGGUUUGGACAUUACCAAUAUGAGAUUCCAGAUGAAGCCAACAUCUUACCUUGAUGAUCGUACUUUCUUGUGGGCUAAUGAAAUUACUGAUUCCUCAGAUAUUUAUAUAGCUGAGGAUUAA